UUGACAUCCGAGAUCACGAUGUAAUCAAACAAAUACAUAACCUCAAAGUCACGAACCCGAGAAUCUCGGUUCAGCGACUUUCGAAUUGAUGUUCGAUAGAUUACAAUGUUUAUCGUUACGAAAGAGAUUGACAGUGAGAACAUCAGCAAAUUAUGCCGUACAUGCUUGAGGGAGGAUGGCGAUAAAAUGAUUUGUUUAUUCGUGGGACCGGCUGGUUCCUCUCUCGCUGCUAAGCUGCGGUCCUUGUCGUGUUUGGACGUUUGGCAAGGCGAUGGUCUCCCGGAGAAAAUGUGCGACCGCUGCGUCACCAGAGCAGAAUCUGCUUUGCUUUACAGGGAACAAUGUCGAGCCGCCGACAGAGCGUUGAGACAAGCCGCUCUAAAGGUGUCGGGUUUAGCAGCAUACGCUGCAGUUUCUGGAUGCAAACUGUAUCAACAGAACCAAAGUUUCCAGCCGAUUCAAAGCACACACAAGACACUGAAGUGUAUAGAAUGCGGUAUCUUGUGUGCAACCUACCAGGAACUCUGCACGCACAGUAGACUGCAUUUACCAUUCAUUCAGGACAACAUUCCUGUGCAACGUAUGCGUGUAAUGGAGUCUCAGAAUCCUUACUUGAACCUGAAUUUUAGCCACUUAAGUUCCAACCUGACCGAGGGGGUACAAAACAGUCAACUGUCCCCUUUGAUCAGGUCGAACAUGAUCCAGCAGAUGAUCCCGAUGAACGGCGAGGACCCCAAUCGAGCCGCCUGCGCGCUGCAUUGUUCCCUGUGCAACCACACGUUCACAAACAGAAUGCAGCUGGUGAGCCACAACAUCACUCACAGCACAGAGAACGUUGACAUGUCCUGCGACAACGAGAACAUCGACAUCUGCGAGAACUCCAACCAAAUACCGCAGAACUUGAGUUACGAGAGGUCCAUCAAUUCCGUCGACAAUUCCAUUCAGAAUUUAUCCUACGAGAAGCCCGGAGCGAACGUGGACCAAAUGCAGAGCGUCAGUUUCCCGGAGAACAUGGACCUGGAGGAAAUCCACGGGUCCAACGGAAGCUCCGACCGCGUCCAGAACACACCAAUGCAAUCCGAGGGUAGCAUGCUCGACGGGCGUGCGCUGAGGUUCGGCAAGAAUUUCGAGCGGACGGACAACAAGGAGAACAUCGGCAGGUACCAGAUGUGCGCAGCGAAUCUGAACUACAAGGGGCACGCGGAGGAGGAGAAUGCGGCGAGCGCGGAGAACAAGAGGUACAAGUGCGACGUCUGCCCGAAAUUGUUCUCCCAGAGGUCGAAGCUGCUGACCCACCGGUUAUCGCACUCCGGCCAGCAGCCGUUCAAGUGUCAGAGCUGCGACAAGGCGUACUCCACCAAGAGCAAGCUGAACGCUCACGUGCGGCUGCACACGAAGACGAACGUGCACAAGUGCAAGAUCUGCGAGAAGAUCUUCGCGUAUCCUUCCUACCUGCGGGACCAUCUGAAGACGCACGAGCCGGUGCCGAGCACGGUCACCGAGCAGAGCAAACCCUUCGAAUGCGCGACCUGCCGGAAGAGGUUCCGCAUGCUAAAGAACCUGAGGGCGCACGAGCGGCUGCACACCGGCAAGGGUUUGGUGCAGUGCGAGAUCUGCGACAAGCGGUUCAGCGAGAGGUACAACCUGAAGAUCCACCUGCAGACGCACAAGGCGGCGAGGUCGCACAAGUGCGAGUACUGCGACAAGAGCUUCGUCCAGAAGGGCAACCUCAUCGAGCACCUGAGGAUCCACACGAAAGUGAAGCCGUUCGAAUGCAAAACAUGCGGGAAACGGUUCUCGCAGUCGAGCCACCUGAAGAACCACGAGGCGUCGCACGCCUCUCUGAGGCAACACCAGUGCCGGCUCUGCGGGAAACGGUUCAAGCUGAUCAGCCACCUGAAGAGGCACUUGAGCCUGCACAGCGGCGCCAAAGCGUACAAAUGCCAUCGCUGCAACCAGCUGUUCUCGCAGGCGUUCAGUCUAACGAGACACUUGAAGAGGCACGAGUCGCACGCUUAGUGAUCGCUUGCGCGCACAACUUUUGUAU